GCUCGUGUGCGUGCGCUCAGUCAGUGAAUGAACGCGGAGACAGGAGGAGGGUCCGACUGUUUACAUCUGCUUUCGGGGGUCCACAGUGAUUUUCCUCCAGCAUGAUGUCGGUGUGGAUGUAUCUCACUCGCAGCCUUUGAGAAAUAACCGCGGACAGCGCACAAAAGUGGCCCGGCGUUGAGUCAUGGGAGGCCAGAUUACCCGAAACGCCUUGUACGAUUCUUUCGGUGGACCAUUCCCCUCAACAAUUCACAGGUGUCACCACAAACCCAAGCGCUGUCUGCCCCUGCAUUCGUGCGGAGGUGUACCGGUGAGCCCCCUUCUGUUCCACCCCAAUGCUAAAGGAUCUCAGAUCGUCAUGGAUCUGGCGCAAAAGAGCGUCAAACGGCAGGCCAGCUUCUGCAACGCCAUCACGUUCAGCAAUCGACCCAUAGCUCCGUAUGAGCAGGUCCGCUUAAAGAUCACUAAAAAACAGUGCUGCUGGAGUGGAGCUCUCCGCCUGGGUUUCACUUCGAAAGACCCGUCUCGAAUCAACCCCGACAGCCUGCCCAAAUACGCCUGCCCCGACCUAGUGUCGCAGAGCGGCUUCUGGGCUAAAGCCCUGCCGGAGGAGUUUGCAAACGAAGGAAACCUCAUUUCAUUCUGGGUGGACAAGAAGGGGAGAGUGUUUUAUCGCAUCAAUGACUCCAGCCCCAUGUUGUUCUUCAGUGGCGUGAGGACCACAGAGCCGUUGUGGGCUCUCAUCGAUGUGUACGGUCUGACAAGAGGAGUACAGCUGCUGGACAGUGAAAUCGUCCCUCCAGACAUUCUUCGGCCACGGUCCUUCACCACAGUGCGUGGCUCCACCUCUUUACGACGUGAAGCGGAUACCUCCCGUCUCUCCGUCAGCCUGUGCGAUCUUAACUCCCAGCGAGAUGACACAAGGCUCCGCCUCCCUCCCGCCCCUGUCGCCUGUCCGAUUCCUCAAAAUUCCAUGAAUUCCCAGCAGUCGACACUGCUUCCUCACAGCCUGGAAUGUGACCUACGUUUCCAUCAGCUCAGAGGUGCCCACAUAAAAACCCUUAACGAACAGACGGUGGCGCGGUCCGAACACGGCCGUGAGGAACGUACGCUGGUCUUCACCGAUCGGCCACUCAAAAUCGGCGAAACCAUCUUCAUCAAAGUCAUAAAGUCCAGCUCUGCACGAUCCGGAUCCCUGUCGUACGGUGUGACUUCAUGUGACCCGGCGGUGCUCCGUCCUAGCGAUCUUCCUUACAAUCCAGAAGCACUGGUUGACCGCAAGGAAUUCUGGGCCGUGUGCAGGGUGCCCACCACCCUCCAGAGUGGUGAUAUACUGGGCUUUCUGGUUACACAGGAAGGGGAAGUCAUUCUGAGUCACAACGGCACCAAUGUAGGGAUGCAGGUGUGUGUGGACAACUCGCGACCGCUCUGGAUGUUUUUUGGACUGCACGGUGCUGUCACGCAGCUGAGGAUUCUGGGCUCCAGUUUCUUGGGUGAUGCUCGUGACCCAUCUAGCCCAGGGUCGCCCUCUGCCUCGCCCCUCUCGCCCAGCGGAUUGUGUGGUGGAAGUCCAGAACCCGGUCUUACUGAUCGGGGCUGCUCGGUUUCCUUCUGCAACUCUACUGAAGGAACAACACCCAGUUCGCCCAUAAGCCUCCCUAAAUCACCCACUUUCCCAUAUUCCUCGGGCUCAUGGUCGGACGAGUGUUCAAUCUGCUACGAAAACACAGUGGACACGGUCAUCUACGCCUGCGGACACAUGUGUCUCUGCUACACCUGUGGCCUCCGUCUGAAAAAGAUGGCCAACGCGAGCUGUCCCAUCUGCAGGAGAGCAAUCAAAGACAUCAUAAAGACCUAUCGAAGCACUUAGGGCUCCGAACCGCGUCUCUCGUAAGGGCCAUUAAGGAUCUCGAAUAGAUCGAUAUUUAAAGAGAGGGUGAUGUCACAGUUCAGGGACUUCUCCAGGCACCGCUCGUGUCUCUGUUUCCAUGGCAAUGACUUUUGAACCCUUAAACCUCCGAGGCUCAGGCAUUCGUUCACGGAGGUCUUCUGUAUUUCAGGCGCAGGUCUCUGUUGCUAUGGUAACCAGCGAUGUUGCUGCUGCUCAGAAUCAUACGGCUUUUCAAUGGAUAUCUCAAGCAGUUCGGCAAAGUUCAGGUGACACGCUGAGAGAUGUUAAAGGUGGCGCAUCUCUCUGUGAGCCAUAAGAGACUGCAUUGGUGUUGUUCAUAGCAUACUGUAGGAUGUUACAUUUUUGAGUCUCGCAGAGUUUAUAUGCCUCAGUGUCUCACAAUUUUUGUCUGUGCUCGACUGAGAAAAACAGAUUUAAGGUACAGUGCUUUCAUACCUCAACUAUUUUAUGCCGUGUUAAUCAUUCUGCGCCCUUGUAAUGUGCUCUAAAGUCAUUUGUGGAUUGACGACUGUUUGAUGAUGUUUCGUCACGUAAUCUAAAGCUUUGGCGUGUAGGUCAAAUCAGUUAAUGGUUCGCUAUAAUUUCGCGUAUGCGUGUUUAACAAGCCGGAUGUUAUGGAGGGAUUAAUAUGAUAUAAUUUGUAGCGUUUAUAUACCGAAACGAGUCAUUUUGCGGAACUCCGUCCGGAUAAAGACAUUAAUUUUGUAUGUUUCGAUUGAUCCGACGUCACUGGAAAAUAUAAUUACCACCUCAUCUUACGACCUACACCAGACUAAUCAAACUCUGAUUUACUGUGAACUUCUUCCAGACUGCUGAUUUGAAUGUGCGGGAUCUAGGAAAAGGAGAAACAACCUUAAGGCGUUAUCCAAUAAAAGAGCUGUUUUCGUCAAAGGAUAUUUGAUUAGCUGAGAUCAUGCAUAUUUCUGUCGUACAUACAACUACUAAUACAACAAAUGGCUUGCAGUGGGAAAAUAGCUUACGCUGAAAUUUUAUGAAAAACAAAAUGAAUCGAAUUUGAUAGGAUGGUUGGGAAAAGAGGUAAAGCUGGAAUAUAGACCUAAUCUUUGAUGGUGCUGGGAAAAUUAUAGUGAGUAGUAGGGCUGCAUGAUAUACCAAAAUACGUGUAAUAUCAGCAAUUUGCCUAUCGCAAAAUGUAUAAUAAUGGUAUGCAAUAACUGAAUGAUUUUAAUACUUAAAAAAGUGAUGAUUCAUGAAAAAGAAAAAGUGCGAAACGUAUGUUGGCUAUAUAAUUUUCAGUUUUAAAUAUAUCUCAAUAUAAUUUUUACAAACGUCGCAUUAUCGUAACGUAUACCCCCAAAAUACUGCGCAGCCUUAUAUAAGGGGACUUUGCAUAUUUUUGGGGGGUUUGCAAUAUGACCAAUACUGGAUGACUUCACCAAAGUCGUUUAAAAUCGUUCUCAUAGUGCAACACUGGUAAAAGCAUCCGAAAUUGUUAAUAAAUGCUCUGAAUUUUCUAUGAUGUGACUAUUGCAUAUGCAAUGCUGAAAGGAUAUAUUGUGCAGCCCUAAUGAGUAUUAAGUAAAUAGUAAUUGUGUAAGAGAUGACAUCUUUCUUUGGACCUUUAAAAACCGUGUCCAAAAAUCUUUUCAAGGUUAUAGAAGACGAUUGUAGGUGUAGAAAGUCCUCUUGUUUUAUGAACACAGAAGGAUGUUCCGCAGAUCCAUAUAUUAUGAAAGUUUAAUGAAGUUUGUAUGAAUGUAUACACACUUAAAAAUUAAGGUGCUACACAAUGUCAUAGAAGGACCAUUUUGGGCUGUAUGGAUCCACAAAAACCUUUUAAAGGAUUAGUCCAUUUUCUUAAAAAAAUCCAGAUAAUUUACUCACCACCAUGUCAUCCAAAAUGUUGAUGUCUUUCUUUGUUCAGUCGAGAAGAAAUUAUGUUUUUUGAGGAAAACAUUCAAGGAUUUUUCUCAUUUUAAUGGACUUUAAUGGACCCCAACAGUUUACGGUUUUAAUGCAGUUUAAAAUUGCCCAAACGAGGCAAAAAGGGCGAUUUAUAGUCGUGCGUAGGUCCUACGGAGUAGCUACGGCGUAGGCUAUCCGUAGCCUGUGCGUAGCUCUGCGUAGCCUGACGCGCACCUCACAAAAUUUCUAACAGCGCGUCGGCUCUACGCGGACCGCAAGCUCUGUGAUUGGUCCACCAGAACCCCUCCCAUCAGGUAAAAAAAACUGCGUCAUAGGUAUUUCCGUUUGAGACGGUGAAAACAAAGAUGAGCCAAGUUGAGGAGUGAUUUAACUCAAACUGCAACAUAAGUCGCUGUUUAUUUACUUCCAUCAUUGCUGGUCUUCUCAAAUUAUACACAACAAGUUGCUAUUUCGUUUGUGGGUUAACUUGCUUAGCUUCUUCUUCUGUGACGACUUCUGCUGCUACUGUGGUUACACGCGUGAUAACUGCCAACCAGCGGUUUCGCGUGUGUUUGCACGUCGACGCGGACGGCGACGCACAAGUAUAAAUGAAAACCGGCGCGGAACCUACGCCGUCGCUGCUACGCCGUAGGACCUACGCACGACUAUAAAUCGCCCUUAAGGGACUUAUUUUUGCCAAGAAAAAUAAAAAAUAUGCACUUUUAAUCCACAACUUCUUUUCUUCCUCCGGUCCUGUGACGAGCCAGUGCGACCUCACAAAAUUGCGUAAUGACGUAAAAAAGGUCACGUGUUACAUAUAUGAAACGCACAUAUGCGGACCAUUUCAAACCUAAAACUAACACAAAGACAUUAAUUAUUAUCAUUCGACAUACAUCUAUGUUGGAACGGUCCUCUUUCUCCACACUUGUAAACACUGGGGCGAUACGUUAUCCGUGACCUCUUUACGUGAUGACGUAUUAAGUGAGGUCGCGCUGGCGCAUCACAGGACCGGAAGAAGACAAGAAGUUGUGGUUUAAAGUGUAUAUUUUUUAUUUUUCUUGCCAAAAAUGAGAAUCGUUUCACUAGAUAAGACCCUUAUGUCUCUUUUAGAGUCCUUUGAAACUGCAAUUUUAACUGCAUUAAAACUGUUAAAUGUUGGGGUCCAUUAAAAUCCAUUAAAAUUAGAAAAAUCCUGGACUGUUUCCUCAAAAAAACAUAAAUUCUUCUCGACUGAACAAAGAAAGACGUCAACAUUUUGGAUGACAUGGAGGUGAGUAAAUUAUCUGGAUUUUUUUAAGAAAAUUGACUAAUCCUUUAACAUCUUUCUGUUUUACAAAUGGUUUUUUAAAGAACCUUUGACUACAAGGGCUCUAUUGUGAACUUUUUGUGACACUGUACCACAAAAUCAGUCAUAAGGGUCAUUUUUUAUAUAUCAUCUGAAAGCAGAAUAAAUAAGCUUUUCUAUUGAUGUAUGUCUGUAAUGAAAGGAUAUGAUUUGGCCGAGAUGCAACUAUUUGAAAAUCUGGAAUCUGAGGGUUUUCAAUCAAAAUAUUAAGGAAUUCACAUUUUUGUUGUCCAAAUAAAGUCCUUAGCAACACAUAACUAAUGAUACAUAUUUUUAUAUUUAUUAAUGGUAGAAAUGUACAAAAUAUUUUCAUAGGAUUUAAUAUCCUAAUGAUUUUUGGCACAAAAAUCUAUCAUUUUGACCGAUACAAUGUAUUUUUGGCUAUCGCUACAAAUAUACCCAUGCUACUUUUUACUGGUUUUGUGGUCCAGGGUCACUUUUAUAGCACCUUUAUUUUUAAGAUUGGACAGGUUGUGCAGGUUAGCUGUGUAGGUAAAUGUCCCUAAAUGAAAAUGCAGAAAAAGAGAAUACAUUUUGCUUAAAAAUGCUUUUUAGGACCAUUAAGAUUUCUUGCAUUGUGACCCCUCCUAGAAAGGAGUUUCUAUACAUAUUCAUUUUUGUUUCUAUUCAUUGUUUCUAUACAUAAAAAAAUAAUAAUUGUAAUGGGAAAGUGCUUGUAAUUAAUUAAAGAUAUUUGCAAUUAAUUACAAACAUUGUAAUAGUCUUAAAAAAUCUCGAAAACAGCCUUGUUCGUAUUGAUGCAAUAGCAUGUAAGCUUUAAAAAAUCAAUUUCUAUCAAACGCCAAAUCAGAUUUCCACACAAACAGCUGAAAUGUUUAUUUCCACAUUACAUUUCAUAAUUUAUGGCAAAUAAGCAAAAGAGACACAAUAUUGUGUGAAUGUGUGAUGGAUGUCAGUGGCUUGAGUACUAUCAUUAAACUCCAAUGAACUGCAGGCUAAUAUUGUUCAUAACUAGCCAGUGAGCUUGUGUAAAGCAAUUGUGACGACUGGCGCUUAAAUUCAUGUUGCUAUUAGUAUAAGCCAGCUCUUUUUCAGGCCAUGCUAACAACAUGUCGAUACGCGUAAAUCUAUGUUGUUUGAGUGGUCAUUCACCUUGAAUGUUAAUUUAUGGUAAUUAGAGGAAACUUUUACAAUAUAGCUGUAUUUGACGUAUUUCUGUAGCGCUUUAUUUCUUUCAUUUUCUGAAUUAUUGGACCGAAUUUUAUGAUUGUAUAGUUUAUACUUCUUGUCAUUUGACUUGGUCUUCUUGUAUCCACACAAGCCAUACUGAGAAGUACAUCUAGGGCUUAGCAUCAAAUGAUCAAAAACAGCUUUUUUGGUGCAAGAUAAACAGGAUUUCUACUCCUUUAGUGUCAGCUCUUUAAUCAUUUCACUGGCAAUGUAUUUUUGUGUAAAGGUGUGUAUUUAUAACUCUCUGGAGAAGUUUUGCGGACUGAAAUGUCCUAAAGGCCCGAUAUUUCAAAGAUUUUCGUAAUUUGAUUGACAUUUGCACAAUUUAAGUCGAAUAAACUUCGCACUUUCCUUAGAAAUUAAUUUGAAACGUUACUUAUAAAAUCACAAAUAUUCCCUUCAAGAAUUUUCUCCCCUAGUUUUGUAUAUUUCUAAUGAUAUCUUUUGCACAGUUUACACAGUAUAAAAUAAGAGCAAUCUUUGUGUUUUUUGUCACUUUAUGAAAUGUGAUUGUAGUUUACUGUAUGUCCCCUCUAUAACAUCAUCUUUCUGUUAAUGUUUUGACAAAAUUAAGUUAUCCUGUCUAAAGAACUGUACUAAUCCUUUCUGUCAUUUACAGUAAAUGCUUGUAAUGAAAUGGCUACAGAAUGGGACUAUUUAUUUUACAUUCGCGCAGUGUCGUUUUACUGAGGACCCAGAGAGGGACAAACAGUCCUUACAGUUUUGUCGUCGACCCUGUAAUGUACUUUAUUUAUGUACCGCGUGUAGAGUACGAUGUGUUGAAUCUGAUGUGUGUUGCAGAUUCUGUGGUAAAUGUUAUUUACCGUACUUAGCUUUUUCGGUUUUGAAAUAAUUAUUUUUAAUCAAAUGAUAUAAGUAAACAGCCAUAUAAGUAUGUUGGCACAAAAAAUGUAUUUGUUUAAAAAGUAUGAUGUUUUGUGAAGUAAGCAGGGAUUGCAUAAAUGAUCACCCCAACCUUAAAUAAAUUUGAAUAUUGAUGAAAUACGAAUAUUUUUAAGAAAACUUUUUUAUCUUAUUAUUAUGUGUAAACAUGCUGAAAAUUGCUUUCUCUUAUUCUAUAAAAUUUUUUCUUUCUGUUUGUCAGUGUGUUUUGUUCACUCAUUACCCAUUGGUAAACAGUGGGACCAAACGCAUAGCUGAAUCAAAAAGUUAUGAUUCCUUUCUCCCAGGGUUCAAUUAAGGGCUGUUAACUGAGUCAAUGAUUCAUAGAGUCAAUAAGGUCAGUAGUGAUUUCAGUAAGAAAAAAUUGCGGCAUUCGAUUUUUGACUCAAACCCAUGUUUUUUUUUUUUUUUCUCAAAGUCUGUGAUAAGUUUAUGAAGCUUUGUUUUGUGUGAGUCAAAGAUGACUGUGUCAAUAAACUUUGCAGAUGCGUUUCAGUGA